UUGGCAUACUUGUUGGUAAUAUUUGUCUUAUUUGUUUAGUUUGGCAAAUUUACGGCGAGAGAAUUUCUGAGUUUUUUAUGUCCGACACACCAAAUAUUCCACCGGAAGAACUUCAAAGAAGAAUUAUUGAACUCGAUCUGCCCAGGGUACACUCUCAGAGAUACUAAACAAGACUACCUUAUUUGAUAAGAAUAAAUAGGAGAUACAGUGGUAAAAAGCAUGGCAGAAAAGAUCAAGUCAUUCUUCCAAAAGAAAAUCAAGGAUGAAAAAUUCAAACAUGCUGGAAAGGGACAAAAACUCAACGAGCCCAGUAGUUCUGCACCCAGCUCAUCAAAACCAGCAAAUAUACCAAAGAGACAUGAGCCAACUGAAGAAGCUAGAGUUGCUGGUAAAGCCACCUUAGCAAGAUUAGAAGGGCAGAAAACAAGUGCUCCCAAAUUAAAUACAUCUUAUGCAGCUAUUCAAGCUCGAGUCAAAAAAGAGCUUGAACAGGAAAAACUUGCUCUUGAAAGUGAAAUGGCUCUAGGUCAAGAGAAAACUACAAAACAGGAAGACCCAGAACCUCAUAUAUUGGCUGUGAGUGGGGUUUAUUAUCAAUGUCCAAUGAUAUCUGAUGAAGUUUUAGAUAAGAAAAAAUGGUUUGAUAGAAUCGAAGAAUUUCUGACUGCACAACUGGUAGAUGAUGAAGCAGGACUGUCCGCCUGUCUAGUCAUUCGUAGUUGUAACGAUGGUAUUGAGAAAAUUAAUACCUGUGUAGAUACGCUUUGUAAGUACUUAGAUAACAUUAGAAAUGAUCCUAGUGAAGCAAAAUAUUGGAAAAUUCGAAUGUCAAAUAAAAUAUUCCAGGAGAAAGUUAAACCAUUUAAGGGAUCCAUGGAAUUGCUAAAAGCAGCUGGUUUUGUCCCAAAAGUACUAAUGCACCAAGAUAAGGAAGAAGAUUUUUUGGUGUGGGAUCCUGAUAGAUCAACUGUUGAGAAUUUAACAACAUUAAUAGAUGCUCUGAAGUCUUCAGAAUCUGUACAGUUACAGCUAGACAGAAAUGUACACGUUUUAUUACCAAGUCAAGCUGCAGUUAGGAGCGAAUUGCCAUCUCAAUUUUUCGUUUUGUCAGCAGAAGAUAUAAAACGGGAACAAACCGAAAAAUCGAAGGCUGUGGAGAGAAGUCAAAUGUUAAUGACUCAGGCUAUGAGAGAGAAAUUAAUGAAAGAUAAAGAAAGAAAGUACAAAUUUACUUUGGUAAGGAUAAGGUUUCCAGAUAACAUUAUUCUUCAAGGGACGUUUGCAGUCUCGGAAAAUUACCAAGAAGUAGUACAAUUUGUGCAACAACAUUUAUCAAAUGACAAAUUUCCAUUCUAUUUAAUUACUGCGACAAGAGAAAAACUUACCGAAGCAGAUUUUGAAAAAUCUUUAGAAACCUUGAAUCUAGUACCAGCUGUUGUUCUUACAUUUUUCUGGGACACAAACUCUAACACAGAAGCUCCAUCACAAUAUUUAAAAGAAGAAACGCUAAAUCUUCUACAGUCAAUGUAAAUACUCUGUCGCGGGCGAUUAAUGAUAUUUACGAAUUUUACCAAGUUUUGCUGUUGACAGCCAGACUUCAAUGCUUAAUUGUUCAUAGUUGUCAUGCAUUUUAAAGCCUUAUUUUAUGAACUCACCAAAUAAAUUUAAAAUCAUUCAGUUUUAAUUGUAAUCGAUGAAAUUACAAAUAAUCAAGAUAUUUUUUUAAUUGCUAAAAUUAAAAGUAACAUCAAAAAUUAUCAAUUUCAGAGAUUCAAUGAUGUCUUGACAGUCAAUCAUGUUUUUACCAUCACAUUUUACUCUCAUACUUAUGUAAAAUAUAUUAAUACAGUCUAUGUUUUUACUGUCCAUAAUAUGUAUAAACAGAGUAUUUUAUUCAUAAUACAUUUUUCAUUUCUGGCAUAAUAUGUAUAUGAAUAAAAAAAAAUACAUAAUAAAGUAAGUCACUUAGCAAA